ACUCCUUCUGUCUUUUAGCUGCUGCUCGUGCGUUGGAUCUUGGGUAGCAGCUGAAGACGAAAGCAAUGGAAGAGGAUUUCCUAUCAUCUGUACGAUCGGUAGUCUUCAAAGAAUCAAAUUCCCUGGAAGGGGUACGCACUAAGAUCGAGGGCUAUGAUUUCAAUGCAGGCGUUGAUUAUUCUCAGCUUCUCAAAUCCAUGGUCUCCACCGGCUUCCAAGCCUCCAAUCUCGGCGACGCCAUCCAAGUCGUUAAUCAAAUGCUAGACUGGAGGCUUUCUGAUGAGAGUCCGGCGGAGGAUUGCAGCGAGGAGGAGAGGGAUGAAAAGUAUAGAAAAUCGGUGAAGUGCAAAGUGUUUCUGGGUUUCACUUCCAAUCUGAUUUCGUCGGGUGUGAGAGAUACAGUGCGAUAUCUUACUGAGCAUCAUAUGGUUGAUGUGGUGGUUACAACAGCUGGUGGCAUAGAAGAGGAUCUUAUUAAAUGCCUUGCACCCACAUACAAAGGUGAUUUUUAUCUAUCCGGUACUCAUUUACGCUCAAAAGGAUUGAACCGCAUUGGUAACUUGUUGGUUCCCAAUGACAACUACUGCAAAUUUGAGGAUUGGAUUAUUCCGAUCUUUGACCAGAUGUUGAAGGAGCAAACUUCGGAGAAUGUAUUGUGGACACCUUCUAAGGUAAUUGCUCGCUUGGGAAAAGAAAUCAAUAAUGAGAGUUCAUACCUUUAUUGGGCAUACAAGAACAAUAUUCCAGUCUUCUGCCCGGGUUUAACCGAUGGCUCAUUAGGGGACAUGUUAUACUUCCAUUCCUUCCGCAAUCCUGGUCUGAUCAUUGACAUAGUGCAAGAUAUUAGGGCCAUGAAUGGUGAAGCUGUCCAUGCAAAUCCUAGAAAGACUGGAAUGAUAAUUCUUGGAGGGGGCAUGCCCAAGCAUCACAUUUGUAAUGCCAAUAUGAUGCGUAAUGGUGCUGAUUAUGCUGUCUUCAUCAACACAGCACAAGAGUUUGAUGGAAGUGAUUCUGGAGCUCGCCCUGAUGAGGCUGUGUCAUGGGGGAAAAUACGGGGUUCUGCCAUGACUGUUAAGGUACAUUGUGAUGCAACUAUUGCUUUUCCCCUUCUGGUUGCAGAAACAUUUGCUGCAAAGAUAAGCAAGCCUCUUUGAAAUGAAACCCAAUACGGAUUUUUGCUGGAGUAUAGAUUCAGUUUAACAUAACAGCAAGCUAUCACUAAACACGCCAAAGCAGUUAAAACUGGUUGGUGCUGUAACUUGCAUCACAAUUGUCAUGAUUUAUUGUGUGGAACUCUUUCUAAUCUUCUUCCAGAUUAGCCUCUUCUGGAUUUUCUCCAGGUGAAGGCAAUCUUUCUGGAGUCAUUUUUAUCAUAAUUACUCUCAGAAGAAGCCUUAGCAUUCAUUGAAUCAGCAUAUUAUUAUGUGUAUUAAUAAAAUAUAAGGAGAUUAGUAUCUAA